GACUAGAGACAAGAAAGAACAGCGGAUAAAACGGUUUUAUUUAAGUUAAACUUAAGACGGAAUUUGACAACGGAUUAUUUCUUUGAGAUGUAAAUUUACCGGAUGUAAAUUCACAUGGAAAUAAUUUAAUUAACCAUAUGCGCAGUAUAUUCUAUAGAAAUGAUUAUGAUAACAGAUAGUUAAGUAAUGACAAGUUAUUCAUGUUAGAAAAUGAAUUUAGCUACAUAAGAAAUGUUUGGUCUUGAUUUCUAUUUAAGAAAUUGAUAUUACGAACAAUAUGCUAAAAAUGCAAAAUUAUGGGUGAUCGUCCUGGAGUUUAGAUGACGAAACCAGAGUAAUCAACAUUAGACUUAAGAUAUUGACCGUGCAUUUUCUACAAAAUAAUGUAAAGAAAGUUUUGCUGUAGAAAACAGCUAAAUAUGAAACCAGGAAUUAAAGUUUUAUUUUUGUUGUCAGGUUGUUUGGAUAAUAUCAUAGUAGGAAGUGCCUUAAAAUGCUGGAAGUGUAUUGCUCAUGAUUGUAACUCUGACCUUGAAGGCAAUUACAAAGCAUCAAAGGUCAAAUGUCACGAAGGUCAAAGGUGUAUGAAAGUUCGAUACAGAAUGUUUGACAAUGUGACUCACUAUGACUCUGUGAUACGCACGUGCACUGACAAUAAAUGUGAUUCCUCUUCUCUAGACAGUUUCUAUUCCUGUGUUGCUACGCCAACCAAGUACAUGAUUGGAGGAUGCACGUUGCGCUUGUGCUGCGACGACCGGGAUCUAUGUAAUUUCAGUGAUUCCACUGUUUCCGUGUCAUUUAUAUCAGUGAUUCUUGCAGGCUUUACAACUCUUCUUUUGGGUUUGUUAAAUAACAGUUAAAUGUUGAAAAACGAGAGUUUCAGUUAAUAGAUUAUACAAAAAAACAGAGAUACAAAUGAAUGAUAGAUGUAAUAUGUUAAUUAUAUCUGAAGUCAGAUGCAUGCAUUUUUACAACUUAGUAGUAAAGUUAAUGAAAGGGAUAUUCCGUCAAAUCUAUGUCCUUCCAAGUUUGCCGAAUUCUCAAAUAAUGAGCUUUGUUAACAUUUCAAGUAUGAUUUUUUUCCUAUGUACGCACACAUGAAAGGUAUGUUUUCUGCAUGAUAGAAUAUAUGAGCUCGAAUAACAGAGACUAGAAUGUCUUGUCAGUACUACUUGGAGACACUGUAUAAUUGAAAUUCAAGUUUACAGUAUCGCUUUAUGUCACCAUUCCUUGGUUUCCAAUUAAUUGAUAUGUUCAGUCUGAGCUCCAAUAACUGAUAAGGAACUCGAGAUGAUACAAAUUACAGUGCUCGUUACAGACUGGGUGGAUAGCUAAAAAUCAAGACAAACAGCAAGUGCUUGAGAAAAAAGAUCGGCUAUAUUUAUUAUUUAUGUCAGAUAUAAGUUCACAGUUGAAGCGUAGGUUAUUGCUACAUGUAUGCUUUAGCUUUGUUCAUAUUCGCGGAGAAAAUCAUAUUGUUUGUCAGUAGUGUUAUAACCCUGAGUUUUGAACCCAGCCUUAAACUGUGAACUACUGGUCAGUUAAGUGUAAAGAAUUACAUUGAUUUUGACCAAUGAAAGGUUGUAUGCAUUUUUAAAAUGGUACCAAAUCUAUGUUUUAUAACCUUCCAGCAGGAUUUUGUGAUUCUUGUUAAUCUUGUGUCUCCAAGAAAUGGUACCGAAAACGUAUUUAACUUAAGGUCUCUUGUGUGUAUGUGAAUUUAAAAUAUUUACAUUUCAAAUAAGCAUUUUCCCUUUCUUGUUUCCUCGGGGAAAUAUUGGAAAUAAAUGAUCAGAAUUACACCGUCUUGAUGUUGUCUCAGCCUUGAAUAAUAAAAGUGACAGUGUAUUUCUUUCGGGUAAAUUGAAUCAUAAAUUUUGAAGAACCAAUUCCAUUCUUAAACCACAAUUAUAGAAAUUCAUAAACUGUUACAUAUUUUCUCAGAAGAUACUUUUAUAACAUAUAUAGUGGGUCGAAAGUACAACAUGUUACAAAUUUAAUUUGGCAUAAAACGAUAUUGUUUCUGAAAACUAUUUUAUUAGUGUGAAUGUAUAAAUAUUGUGUAUAAGGUCUCCU